AUCCAGAAGCAUGCCGGUUUCGGUUCAAAAUUUUGCAACAGAUUAUCAGUCGCGGGGUCAACGUGUGUUAUUAAUUCCCAUCGACCAAGCAUUCCGCUGCUUAGCUCUGUUUAGUCGUUUCUUCGCGCUUCACUUGUGCGUUUUGUGUUUCUUCAGCAGCUCCAGACGGUUGCGCGCGCUGCGUCAUAUACCGCCAAUGCACAGUGUGAGAGUCAAUCAUGUGGAAAAUCGCUGCAACCCUGCUAAUCGCACUCGAUUGGUGCAGUCCGAUUGACUCAUUCUACGGAUUCCCUCUGAUAACGGAGCCGAAGGAAGUCUGGAACAUCCUGAAGGAGAACUCAAGUGCUACGUCCAGGAAACGUGACCAGGAGACUCGAGUAUAUCCGGGUGAAGAAUGUGACCGUCAGUGUACCGUUGGUGAACCGUCAAGGGUUUGCUACUUCCAUUGGGUGCUGGAAAAUUACUCUGCUAUGGGAUCUGCGUGCUGGGAUUGCCUCCGAGGGAACCGCGCCCACUGCUUCCACUCGCAAUGCAUCACCGCCAGUGGAAUGGAGCGCGCUAUGGUUGCUAUCAACCGGAAGAUGCCCGGUCCUCCGAUAGUGGUCUGUCGAGGUGAUACCAUCGUGGUUGAUGUUUCCAACGAAAUGGAAGGCAUGUCGAAUACAAUCCACUGGCAUGGCUUUCACCAGGUGGAGUCACCCUGGAUGGAUGGAGUCCCGAUGUUAACGCAGUGUCCAAUAGCACCCGGUACCAGCUUUCGGUACUCGUUCCGAGCGGAUGAUCCGGGGACGCAGUGGUACCACUCGCACUCGGGCUACCACAUGGCCAAUGGUCACCUUGGGGUGGCCGUGGUGAGAAACCCGCUGGAUGUCAAUGCGGAUUUGUACGAUUAUGACCUGUCGGAGCAUGUGAUGCUGCUGUCGGAUUGGACGUUGGAUUCGGUCGAACGGUGGGUUCCCGGUCAGCAGAGCACGCAGAUGAAGGUGGACUCCAUUCUGAUUAACGGUCGUGGCAGGUAUUCUAAUGAAGCAACGGGUGACAAAGUUGAUUACGUUCCAUUGACGGUAUUCCGGGUAGAACACGGCAAACGCUAUCGGUUCCGCCUAAUUAGCGGUGGCAGUCAGUAUUGCCCCUUCCAGCUGCAGAUCGAAAAACAUCAAAAGACGAUAAUUUCCACGGACGGAGGUGCUGUGAAACCCCACGCGGUCGACACGCUUAUAUCGAUUUCCGGCGAGCGGUACGAUUUCGUACUGACGGCAAAUCAACCACCAGGCAACUACUGGAUCCGCGUCCGUGGCAUCGGCUUCUGCAACAUUCAACGUGUGGAAGGCUUUGCCAUCCUAUCCUAUGCCGACUCGAGCGUUUCCACCGAGAAACUGAUGUUCCCGGAGCAGGCACCACCUUUGUACGACAGCCCGUAUCCGCUUGGUCGCACACUGAACCACCACAUGACGGAAUGCUAUACGGAGGGGGAUGACUUCGCUUGUGCAGCAGAUCUGGAAUCGCACGAAGUUCAUCGAGAUCGAGAGCUUAUAGAAUCUAAGCCCGAUGUGCGGUUGUUUUUGGGGUUCAAAGUAAUUGAAGCUGACAAUAGCAUGCUGUUCAAGCCACCUUAUACUAAAUUUGCUACCGUGCGAAAUAAGUUCAACACGAUUGGAGUGGCAAACAACAUAAGCUUCAUAUCUCCCAGUUUUCCACUGCUUGUACAACCAGAGCUGAUCGUCGAUGAAAAUACACAAUUUUGCAACAAUACUCAUCUACCGGCAGGAUGUGACCAAUCACACACAUGUUAUUGUACCCAUCGGCUUCAAGUCCGGUACAACGAUCUCGUCGAGUUCGUCCUUUAUGAUACUGCAUUUGAAAAGCAAGACUUCUACCAUCCCUUCCACCUGCACGGGCAUCGAUUCAUCAUCACAGACAUGGGCAAGCUGCCCGUCGAAGCGACCAAAACCCGGCGGCUAAAGUUCCUUCAGGAACGGGAAUUCAUUCGAAGGCCGAACAGUCACAAUCCACCCUACAAGGACACGAUAUCGAUCCCGAACGAGGGCUACGUGAAGGUGCGCUUCCGGGCAAAUAACGCGGGAUUCUGGUUGGUACACUGCCACUUUGAGUGGCAUCUCGGCACCGGAAUGGGACUGGUUCUACAGGUGGGCGAAACGCAUCAAAUGUUGAAAGCCCCUCGGGAUUUUCCCCGAUGUGGCAACUACGGAACGGAAUUGCAAGGACCGGGCAAUUUCUGAAGGUGGGCUGCACGUGGUACAGUGACGUUGCAACAUUGCUGCAUUGGUUUUGCUUACGUGGGUUGGUACUUAAAUAACGGGUGGAUGACGUUUGUUCGUUCGUUGGAAGGCGAAGGUGAAAUACACAUGUAUAAAUAG